GUGAUUCUGCGCACACACUGACACCCCGAGCCCUGUCAUUCUGCACACCCAGCCCGGUGCUCACAGCGCGCAGCCCGCUCCCGGCAUGGCUUCUGGGGACCUGUACGAGGUGGAAAGGAUUGUUGACAAAAGGAAGAACAGAAAAGGAAAAUGGGAGUAUUUAAUUCGGUGGAAGGGUUAUGGGAGCAAUGAAGACACCUGGGAACCUGAGAAUCACCUACUGCACUGUGAGGAAUUCAUUGAUGAAUUCAAUGGACUCAAUAUUUCCAGAGACAAACGAGCCAAAGUGGGCAAACAGGCAGUUGCUGCUAAACUGUUACGUGGGUCUUCCAUGGAUAAAAUUUCCCAUAGAUCUGCAGAACCUGGGAGAGGAAGAGGAACAUCUCACAAACGCCGGAGGAUACACCAUAUUUCAAAGCAGAAGAAGACAUGCACAACAAAAUAUUCUUCUGGAGACCGGGCUGCAAAGACUGUUUCUUACAGAACUACACCAAGUGGGUUACAGAUAAUGCCCCUGAAGAAACCCAUGGAGAAUGGUGAUCUUGAUUGUCAUAAUGAGCCAAAACAUUUUGAGAAUGGUUCAGAGCAAGAUAAAAAUGACUUAGACGAUGACAAAGGAAAGCAAGGUCUACCAAGUGGGUUGGAAGUCUCAGGCUCUACGAUCGUGAAUGGACUAGGUGAAUCUUUGCCAAAUGGAGAACUGGAUGCUAAUGGUUUGGUUAAGCGAAAAUUAGAUGUGGACAAAGACUACGCUUUUGAUAAAAGAUUAAGAUACAGUGUUCGACAGAAUGAAAGUAACUGUCGGUUCCGUGACAUUGUGGUGCGAAAAGAAGAUGGAUUUACGCACAUCCUUCUGUCCAGUCAAACAUCAGACAACAAUGCCUUGACACCAGAUAUAAUGAAGGAAGUACAGCGAGCACUUUGUAACGCUUCAACUGAUGACAGCAAACUCUUGCUCCUCAGUGCUGUCGGGAGUGUCUUUUGCAGUGGCCUAGAUUAUUCAUACCUCAUCGGGAAGUUAUCAACAGACCGCAGGAAGGAAAGUUCAAGAAUCGCAGAAGCAAUAAGAGACUUUGUGACUGCCUUCAUCCAAUUUAAGAAACCUAUAGUGGUUGCCAUCAAUGGUCCAGCUCUUGGCCUUGGAGCAUCUAUCUUACCCUUGUGUGAUAUAGUAUGGGCAAGUGAAAAGGCCUGGUUUCAGACUCCAUAUGCCACCAUCCGUCUAACACCCGCCGGAUGUUCGUCAUACACGUUCCCUCAGAUCCUCGGCGUUGCCCUGGCAAACGAGAUGCUGUUUUGUGGAAGAAAGUUAACCGCACAGGAAGCGUGCAGCAGGGGACUCGUCUCCCAGGUAUUUUGGCCUACAACUUUCAGCCAGGAGGUGAUGCUACGAGUAAAAGAAAUGGCUGCCUGCAGUGCUGUGGUUCUGGAGGAAUCCAAAUUUUUGGUGAGAAGCUUUCUCAAGUCUGUUCUGGAAGAUGUCAACGAUCGGGAGUGUCAGAUGUUGAAGCAGUUGUGGAGCUCAUCUAAAGGCUUGGACUCCUUAUUCAGCUACUUACAGGACAAAAUUUAUGAAGUCUAACCUCAUUAGUUGAGCAAAUCCAAGGUGAUUUCUCUCCGACUUUUAAACCUGCGGUGACCUUGAAUGACGUUUGUGACAUUGUCUCUUUGAGUUUAAUAAUUAUGCAAUGAGGUAUUCCACAGAGUCUUACUGCUUCCACUUGUAGUUUAUUCUUCAUUCUUUAAUGGAAACAAAUACUGAUGUAGUCUUUCUCAACCAAGAUUUCCUGAAUAUUGUAACAAUGUCCUCUUGGGCAGUCUUAUCCCAUUCCAUACUCCAGAAGCACCUUUUGCAGUCUAGACAUUUUUCAUCUGUACUAGAUGAUUUUGUUCGAUGUGUGUGAACAAUAUGUGGACACGUAUGCUGUUUGGCCUGCGAAUCCAUUUGAAGUAAUAAUGUGAGAAUUGCACUUUUUUAUGUAUUUUUUUUAAUUAUUUUCUUGUACUAAAGUAUUGAGUAUUUUGUGUAAAUAAUAUAUUAUUUUCCA